CUGCGGAGGCGCCGCGGGCGCCAGACAAGAUGGAGGCUCUGUUAGCGCCGCGGGCGCCGGGCAGGUGGAGGGGCGGGGGCUGCUCGCCCGGUGCCGGCUUCUUGGGAAGGGAGCGGGGCGGCCGGGACCGGGCUGUGUGGUAGGAGAGGGGCAGAAGGUCGGUGCCACUGUCAGCCCUGAGGUUACCGGCGUGGGGCUGGGGGAAGGGUUGGGAACCUGCUCGCGGCUUUCCAUCGGCUUCUCUCCGCGCUGUGCGUUUCUUCGGCUUCAGCCCCUAACGUUUGGGUGGGCUGCUGGUGGUGUGCGCUUUGUUAUUGCUUUUUUCGUCGCUUCGGAGGAAGGUGUUACCUUUACGGCUUGUCAGCGGUCUGUCUCGUGCGGUGCUGCGAUUUUCUAAUCGUCAGCCGCUGCGAGGGAGGGCUUAAGUCCAGACAUAGCCCCGCUUUCAUUUAUAAAGCCAAAUCAAGCAGUAGGUUACCGUUUCUGUAUGGUCUUCCAAAGCCUCUUAGCAGCUUUACUGUUUGAAGUAUACUGUCCUCUUGUACAAGGUCAGAAUGAGCAAAAGGCAUCGUAAAACUGAAGCUCCUGGCCUUCUGUGUUCAGCAGAAGGUCGCUGCCGCUCUUAUGCUCUUGUGGCGACUAAAGGAGAACCUCAUCUUCAGCUUCACUGAGAAGAAAUCUGGUUUAGGUAUUGCGAAAGAAAUUCUGGUUGUUCUGGAGAUCUUAAAUAAAUCUUUUAUGCUGCUCUGGGCGAUGACAUUUUUGCGACAUCGGCAUGUUGUCUUUAACCUGUCUUUAGAUAUAUUUGCUUUGAAACAUAAGGUAAAAUAAAUCUCACGAGGUAGAAAGAGUGAGCGUCUCUUUUUUUCUUCUUCUCUUUCUCUUUUUGUUGUUAGAUCUGUAAAAUUCUUAGGGAAGAAUGGAAGUCAGACCUGUUCAGCAGAAGGUAUCUGGAAGCACAGGAAGCUCUCACUAACAUCAUCUUGUGUUGGACAGGACUGCCACCGAUAAAGGCAAAAUGGCUUUCAGUAAAGGAUAUCGUGUCUAUCACAAGCUGGAUCCGCUCCCGUUCAGCGUGAUAGUGGAAGCCAGAAACAGAGAGGAAUGUCUCAUGUUUGAAUCUGGAGCUGUGGCUGUCCUCUCAUCUGCAGAAAAAGAUACAAUCAAGAAUACCUACUCCAAAGUAAUGGAUGCAUAUGGGCUUCUGGGAGUCUUAAGAUUAAACCUAGGAGACACGUUGCUACAUUAUUUGGUUCUAGUAACAGGAUGCAUGUCUGUGGGAAAGAUUCAAGACUCCGAAGUCUUUCGAGUUACCUCCACUGAAUUCGUAUCGUUACGAAUCGAAUCAACAGACGAAGAUCGUAUUUCAGAAGUGCGCAAAGUUUUGAAUUCAGGCAACUUUUAUUUUGCGUGGUCUGCCACUGGUGUCAGCUUAGAUCUUAGUCUUAAUGCUCACCGCAGCAUGCAAGAGCACACCACUGACAACAGGUUUUUCUGGAAUCAGUCACUGCAUUUACAUCUGAAGCACUAUGGAGUGAAUUGUGAUGACUGGUUGUUACGUCUCAUGUGUGGAGGAGUGGAGAUAAGGACGAUUUAUGCAGCUCACAAGCAGGCAAAGGCUUGUCUCAUUUCACGACUAAGCUGUGAGCGAGCUGGGACCAGGUUUAACGUCCGGGGAACCAACGAUGAUGGUCACGUUGCUAACUUUGUUGAAACAGAGCAGGUGAUAUAUUUAGAUGAUUCUGUGUCAUCUUUCAUCCAGAUUCGAGGGUCUGUUCCAUUGUUUUGGGAACAGCCAGGCCUGCAGGUGGGAUCCCAUCGUGUCAGAAUGUCAAGGGGUUUCGAGGCGAAUGCACCAGCUUUUGACAGGCAUUUCCGAACUCUUAAAAAUUUAUAUGGCAAACAAAUUAUUGUGAAUUUACUUGGGGCAAAAGAAGGGGAGCACAUGCUCAGCAAGGCUUUUCAGAGCCACUUAAAAGCAUCUGAACAUUCAGCUGAUAUAAAAAUGGUGAACUUUGACUAUCAUCAAAUGGUUAAAGGUGGAAAGGCAGAAAAACUACACAGUGUGCUUAAGCCUCAAGUCCAGAAAUUCUUAGAAUGUGGAUUUUUUUUUGAUGGAAAGGAAGUUAAAAGAUCUCAAAGUGGUACUGUCAGAACAAACUGCUUGGACUGUCUGGAUAGAACAAACAGCGUGCAGGCUUUCUUUGGCUUAGAGAUGCUAACAAAACAACUGGAGGUGUUAGGAUUAGCUGAGAAGCCUCAGCUGGUCACUCGCUUUCAGGAAGUUUUCCGAUCCAUGUGGUCUGUGAAUGGAGAUUCUGUCAGUAAAAUUUAUGCUGGGACUGGAGCUCUUGAAGGAAAAGCUAAGGUAAAGUACACUGUAUUUAAACCUUCAUCAAUUUCAAAUGUUUGGUUUUGUUUUUUGUUUUUUUUUAAGAUUCUGCCGUGGAUUCAAGAACUAUCUUUUAAAAAGUGUGCUUUGGUUGUAAUCUUAAUAAGCCAGUCAAUGGGGAAAAAGAAAAGCAUUUAAUGAGAAAAGUUUGGU